GAGACUAGAAGAGGUACAGGUAAGACAGGUGAUCAGCUAGAAUCUGUCUGGACUGUACACCAGCGCACACACACACCAGCACCUCUGCACCUAGAAGACUCAGACCCAGCAACAAAAUGUCAGAUGGAGUAAAAGGACCUCCUCCCUACGUCAUCCCAGUGGACAAGAGCGACAGCGUGAAGGUCUACCACCUGCACUCGCCCUUCACUCCCCCUGAUGAGAAGGAGGCCGCUACAAAUGUGGCACCAGUGUUCACAGGUGGAGGGGGUCUAGGCGCGGCCCCAGACGACGGCAAGAAGAAGUAUGUGAGCUACGACAACUCGCUCGGACACACCGCAGGCAUGACCACCUGCACCUCCUGCCAGCAGCAGGUCAUGACCAACGUCACCUACAAAGCAGGGACGUACGCCUGGCUGAUGUGCCUCCUCUUCAUCUGCUGCGGGUUGUUCCUGUGUUGCUGCCUGAUUCCGCUGCUCAUGAACAAAUUCAAGGACGCGUACCACACGUGCCCGCGCUGCAACCGAGUGCUGCACGUGGAGAAGAGGAAGUGCUGUAAAUGAUCGACAGCAGACGGACGGGGCCACAGCCGAGGUCAGCCAGGGAGGGAUCGCUGUACGGGCUCCUCGUUUUAGGAAGUCAUUGAAUAAGUCAAAACUAAAAGAUGAAAUUGUUAGUAACCAAACUUUUGUCCAGAUGAUUUUGCGUGAGUGUGAGGACUGUUGCGUCAGUUGAAACAAGCGGUCGGUUUAAGCUCCAGCGCCAUCUAGCGGUGAACGCGAAGAGGAAUUCAGUCAAAUCAGAGAAACUCAUUCAUGCUUACUUCCAGGUCUUUUUAGUGACUUGGCCGCCUCUUACAAGUUGGUGUGUGAGUCACAAGUGUCGGUCCAGAUGACGUAGAGAAGUGCGCGAUGGGCCAACAGACUUCCACUAUUCUCCCACACUAGUCAUUUGAAGUUCUCACUUGAUCGUGAGGAUUUUCCUCUGCCAGCACUUUGAUCAUAUCCACAAACACGUGCAGUUGUUAAUCAUAUUUGGGGGAAAAUUCUAAAUGCUGCUGUUGAAAAUGGACAUUUUUUUGUAUUCCUUCUUCUCUAAAUUGUACCUCUACUUGUUGCUUUAAUAAAACUCAUGUUCUCAAGUGUUUUUUUUUCUGUUCUAAGUUUUCUGUUGUGUACUAUUUUAUAACAACAUUUGUCAAUAAACAGCCUUAACCCAGAA